AUGAUAUAAGUCCUUGAUCAAAACGAUAGAGAAAUAUACAAAUAUCGAUUGCUAUAAGGAGAAAAUAGAUUUGGUAGUGAUCCAAAACAAUGUAAGCACCUCAUAAGAAAUGUUCAGGGUUUUCUCUUCUCUGUCGCUUUACUGAAAAAUGAUGUGUAUUUAACUCAUUUCAGCAGUUCAGAUUAAGUUUUUAAAGAAGCAACUUUGUAACAGGAUUAAAAAGUCGAGAUACCAAAAAAUUUCAUAAUUGAAAUGGUUCCAAUCAGAAAUUAUUAUUUUUAAAACAUUAAGUUCAAAUUGCUUAACUUAGUUGAUAAUGCUUAUUUAAAUAAAUAAUGCAUCUUUCAAACAACAUAAGUCUUAGAAGAUUUUGGUGGUACAAUGGCUUUGGAUGAUAUUUUGGAUUGCCCUUAAUAAAUUAUAACUAAAAUUUCAGCUACUUAAUAGGUUUCAACAACUUAAAUCCUAAGUUCCUAAGAUCAAGACUUAUCUUAAUCAUUAAAGUUUGAUGAAAAUGAUUCAUCAGCCUUAUCAAGUUUGUAAGAACUAAUUUAACAGUAUCCAAGAAUUAAUUAAAUGAUAAAAUCUAACUCUUCUACAAUUGAUACAUCAACUUAAACAGAAAAUAUGGAACUAGAACCUCAAUAAUAGAAAUCUAGAACUUUAUUUAGCGAAUUAUUUAAAUUUAAAAAGUUAACUCCAUAGAUACAAUAAACUUCAUAGUUAUCUAAUCCAAUUAAUAAUCAUUAAUAUUAGUCUACACAAAUUGAUUAAACAAUUCUUGAUUCAUAAAUAUAAAACGUAAAUUCAGAUGAUAUACAGAACUCUUAAUUUUUGAAGAAAAAGGCCGAGUAAGGAGGCACAAUAAUUGAUGAAGAUUUAGAGAAAGCUUUUUCUUCUGAAUAAAAUAACAGGAGUAUUAAGUAAGAAGAAUCUACUUUCAAACGCUUAAACAGCACAAAAUCAGACAAUGUUUAAAUUACUUGUUCAAGACUAGAAAAUAAUUCAAAAAUUGAAUUAAAUGAUCUUUUUGGAAGUUUGCCAGAAUUACCAAAUUAAUAAAUUUAAUAAUAACCAAAAUCGAUUAAAAAGUUCAACAUGACUAAGUCUAAUAUUUUAAAUAAUAGGUUUGAGGAUGCUUUUCAGGAUAUGUAUAAAUCUUAAGAUUAAAAAGAAUAAACUCCAAUAAAAUUGAGAAGCUAGAUUUAGAAAUUAACUUCAAUAAUUGGGAAAGAAGGAAAAAAACAAAGCAAAAGUGAUUUGAAGAAAGUAGCAUUAUUAAAAAAAAUAACUGAUGAAAUUUCUGAUGAAACCUCUGGAGAACCUGUAUAAUAAAAAUACAAUAUAAGACAUGCUAAUUCAAUGGAAUUACCAGCAAAUAAAUUAAUAUAGCAAAAUAACUCUAUUAAUAAUAAGUAAAAGGAAAAUUAAAGACCUUUCUUAAAGAAAAAUAAAAUUAUUCGUUUAAUUGCAUUUAGCGGGUUUUAAUAACAUGAAAUACCAAAAUCAAAUGAUUUAAAAUUAUUAGGUUUAGAAAUUGUGAGUAAUCAAUUAGAGAAAUUUGACUUGCUAGUCUUGAAUAAUCCUCCAAAAAGAACUUUCAAAUUUUUAAGUGCUUUGAUGCUUGGGGCUGAAAUAGUAACAUUAGAUUGGUUGACUACUUCGCUUAAAGAAGGAAAGGUAAUUUAACAUUUCCAGAAUUACAUUCCCAACAGCGAAGAGUUUUUAAAUUCUUUUGGAUUCAGCAUUUAGCAAAUCUUAUAAAGUAGGGAUUCCUAUUUUGAAACAAAUGAAAAUCUAGUACAAAUAUUUGAUGGGAAAUAUUUUGUUAAAGUGGAUGUUACACCUUCAAAGGCCGAAAUUGAAUAUCUAAUAAAAUUAGGAGGUGGAUAGAUAUAAUAGAAGCCUGAUAAAAAUGCGAUCAUCAUAAGCGAUAUUAAAAUAGGUAAUUCUAUGCCAUCAGAUUAUAUUCUGGAUGGAUGUAUGUUUCAAUAAUGA